ACCACAAACGAGCCCGACAGACCGAGGCAACGACGGAUAUCACGCUAAUCCUCACGGAUUACCGCAGCAUAUAUACGCUCAAGCACCAUGGGGGAAGAACCGGGCCACAUCCACAUUGGGAAUCUUCACCCGAGGGUGUCCGUGGCCGAUCUUGAGCCCAAGCUGAUCAAGUAUGGCACCAUCACUAACCUCUGGGUCGCCAAAAACCCUCCAGGCUUCGCGUUCUGUGACUUCCAGAACAGGGCCAUGGCCGACGACUGCGUGCGCGGCAUGGACGGGCUGAAGAUGGAGAAUUUGGCCAUCACGGUGGAAAUUGCCCGCAGGCCCAAGGCGAGGGCCCAAGGAAGAGGCAGGGGCGGCGGGGCACGCUUUGGCGGUGGUGGUGGGUACGGCGGUGGGUACGGUGGCGGCUACGGCGGGGGCUACGGUGGCGGCGGGUAUGGCGACCGCGCCAGAGACUCCGGAAGAGACAGCCGUGACAGCUACAGGAGGAGGAGCCGCAGCCGCGACAGGGACGACCGCCGCCGCCGCGAUAGCCGCUCGCGCUCCCCACGCCGGGACCGCGACCGCGGAGGGCGGGACUACGGCCGGGACUCCCGCGACUACGGCCGCAGCUCGAAGAGCGGCAGAGGCGACAGCCGAGACCGCCGCAGCCGCAGCAGGGACCGCAGCCGCAGCAGGGACCGCCGCCGCUCACGCUCCCCCCGUGAUGACAGGGGAAGUGGCCGCGGCGGCGGGGGCGGCGGUCGCUCCCCCUCCGCCAGAAGGUCGCGCGAGCGUGGCAGCCGCAACGGCAGCAGCGCCCGUGCCGGCCGUGGAGGUUCGCGGAGCAGGAGCAGGAGCAGGAGCAGGAGCGGGAGCGCGAGCCGCAGCAGGAGCCGCAGCAGGAGCCGCGGCGGCAGCAGGAACCGCAGCGGCAGCAGGAGUCGGAGCGGUGGCCGCGGGGGCGGGCGCCGAAACCGGGGCAGAGACGACGACGAGGAGAACGGCGCCAGCAAUGGCGGUUCUGGCGACGUAGCUGCGCGAGGCAAGAAGAGGAGCGGCUCCAGGGAGGAUAGGUCCCAGUCUCCGAAGCGGAGCAAGGGAAAAACCGCCGGUGCCGAGGGAGACGAGGCGGUGGACGGGGCGGAGGACAGCGAAGAGAACGGUGACGCCACGGGCGGCGAUGAGAGUGGGACGGCGGCCGAGGUUGAGAAUGGCAACGGGAACGCCGAUGGCGGCCACGACGAAGACGAGGAGGACGGCAGCGGUGGCGACGCGGAGGAUCAAGAGGAGGAGGAAGAAGACGCUGUGGACGAGGAAAACGGUGACGAUGAUGAGCAAGCUCCGGACGCGGACGGGGGAGACGAGAGCGACAACUAAAUAGUCAUGAACCAGACGAUCUAGCUUGUGAAUCAAAUGCAUCGUAGUGGUGGUGCCGGCUUGGCGACAGAUUCGAGGAAGUGGUAGCAGCGGGCAUCUCUGAACACGUGCGGUUUAUGAGACGCAGGAUACUCUUUCCGGACUCUUUGUCAGUGGCACGUGUCAAGUGUGGGGGGGGGGGCUUGGGUUGGGUUCAUUCGCUAUGCCGUGCUUCGUGGGUAAUCGCUGACGGUACCGAUGAAGAGAUAUGUCGAGUAGGUGUCUCCUGCCGGCGGGGGAGCGCCAAGCAUUGUUCUAGUUCUCUUCUUUUACACGGUUGGGAGGUUCUGAGUCCCACUCUAAUCUUGCGCACGCUGUGGCGAACGCAUGGUUUCGUAUUGGUCGAACACGUUUCAUGUGGUUAUUUUUUUCGGAAUUAUCGCAGCGGAGUACACGGUUGAGUUGCUUGGGACGUUAUGAUGGUCCUGCACGCUAAUCCGAAAGCUGUGCUGAGCGACAUGUCAAGUUGUGUGCACGUUGACACAGCAGUAGUUUCGUCAUCUCCACGCCUGUGUUCCUCCUGGCUUUGUCCGUAGUCUUGUUGUCACUAACUACACCGUGGGACUCGUUCAUUGCUGCUGCAUGCAUACGUACAGGCAAUUUUUGGGUCCCACGCUGCCAAGUUCCCUCAAAUAUUUCUAAACUCUGGAAUUCUCGGAAUGGUUUCUAUGCUGCAACUUUUGUCGGAGCCAGCCACAAUGGAGUUGCCGUACAAGUAUAAGUAUGCAUAUGCGUUUAUCAUUCUUUUUCUUGAGUCUCUUUCAGCCUGCAAUACAUUGUGUUUCCGUCCAUGUGGUACUGACAUGUGUGUAGUCGCGUGGCCCUCCUCCCCUCAUACAUCGUCUCAAAAGCAUAUCGUUUACUGCCGUGGCGUGAGAUUCGGUUCCGGCGCGAUAUGAAGUUUGUUGGUCGUGUUGAGAGCAGGUUGGCCUUGCGCCGAGGGUCCUUCCUGUUUAUAGCUAGCUGUUGUCUGUACUUGCUCGAGAAUCUUGCCAAUGAAAAGGCGUGAGUCUCAGUGCGGCUGAAAACAGAACAUAUUCGAAAUUCCAAGAGCCGUGUGUCGGAAGUGGCCUUAUUGUUGCAUCGUGAGUGUGUCACUGCGUAUUCUCAAGCUUGGUACAGUAGAGCUUGGGCUUGGGUCUCCGUCGAUCUAAAGUAUUUUUUUGUUCGGAAUUUUUAUUGUCUAUGAUGCCCACCCCUUGCCCGACCUUUCUCAGA